AACUUUCAUUCUGUUGCAGAUGAUUCAGCAAAAUCUGAAUCUUUACCCCUGUAGAACCCCCCAUGCCCUAUGUUCUUCUGAAAGGCAAUUAGUGCAAUUGGAUUAGCCUCAAUACCAUUGUUGGCUGUCAGCUAUUGAAGAUUAUUCAAGAUCAUUCAAGUUGCCAUCAUUGCACUUAUUGACUUUGGUCAUACCUCUAUGCAUCAGUGAUGGGUCGGAACAAUGUCAGUGACAGUUCUUUACAUGGAGAUUCAUCCACUGUUCAUGGGCCUUCCAAGAAUAGGUCUUGUACAGAUGUGAUCUGCUUGAUUAUCUUCACAGUAUUCAUGCUUGGAUGGAUCAGCAUUGGAGUAUAUGCUGUCAUCUUUGGGGAUCCGUCUCGUCUCAUUCACCCCACAAAUUCAAAAGGCCAGAAAUGUGGUUAUGAUCAUGGCUUGGAGAACAAGUCGUAUCUCGUCUUCUUUGACUUGACCAAGUGUUUUCAUCCUGACGUUUUGAUUUCUGGGUGCAAGACACCUCAGGUUUGUGUGGAAAAAUGUCCAGAUAAAACCUUCUUUGCGGGUCUUCCUGUCAAGAAUGAGUCAUUUGAUAGAAAAGAUCUAAUUUGUGAUGAAGAAACUGACGUGAAUGUCUCUACAGAUUUGGAAAAUUUGAUCAAUGAGGGACAUUGUGCCCGAUAUUAUCUUAAGAGUGAAUCAGUGGCCUAUCGAUGCCUUCCUGCACUUCCUUUCUCUGACAAUAACGAGAUUCUUAAGGGCCCUGAUGGGAACCCCAUCUUGGGUGAAAAUGGUGCCAUCACUGUUGGAGAUCUCAUUGAUGGACUACAUUCUGCAUCUCUUCUUUCCAAUAUUCAGGAGGUUGGCCAAAGAAUCUUUCAAGACUACAGGAGAGCUUGGCCCCAUAUCCUUGUGGGUCUUCUUGCAGGCGCAAUCAUCUCCUUCUUCUUCAUUGUCCUCAUGUAUUGCCUGGCUGCACCUGUAAUAUGGGUAUCAUUGUUGGCAAUGCCAGUUGUACUUGGCUAUGGUAUAUAUCACUCCCUGUGGCGGUACACAAGUCUGAAAGAUUCUCCAGAGGCCAAUAAGACCAUUGCAGAAAUUGGCUUCACAUUGCACUUGGAUGUCUACUUCCAGCUACAGCAAACAUGGCUUGGCUUUGCUGUCAUCCUCAUGAUCCUUCUCUUGAUUCUGUUGCUUGUGCUGAUCUUUCUAAGGUCUAGAAUUCGUUUAGCAAUCGCUCUCAUUGAGGAAGGAAGCAGGGCUGUUAGGGACACAAUGUCAUCUCUAACCUUCCCAGUCAUGCCAUUUCUUCUGCAAAUGGUGGCAAUUGGAUUUUUCUUGGUUGCCUCCAUGUCAAUAUCAUCCUUGGCAAGUCCUGAGUACAGAGUUUCAGAUAUUAAGAAUUGUUUAUCUCCAUCUUCAGGAUGCAAAGAAGGGGACUUAUGUAAUCCAGACAGUUUUAACUGUUCCUGCGAAGAGGGAAAUCCUACCUGCAUAUUUUUUGGCUACACUGGCAGACAGGAGCUUUUCAAUAUCCACAUCAUGAAUAUAUUUGCUUUCCUGUGGGCAAUAUGCUUCUUGUCAGCAUGGGGAGAGCUGGUAUUAGCAAUCACCUUUGUGCAGUGGUAUUGGUCUCGGAAGAAGAGCAGUCUGCAUUAUCCCCUGUCCUAUGGAAUCUGGUGCAGCAUCAGGUAUCAUAUCGGAACACUGGCACUAGGAUCACUGCUGAUAGCAUUGCUGAAGUUCAUACGUCUGGCCUUGGAAUACCUGGAUUACCAACUCCAGAAGUAUCAGCAGAAUGCAGUUGCAAAGGCAAUCUUAUGCUGUUGCAAAUGCUGCUUUUACUGCCUUGAAAAGUUCCUGAAAUUCAUGAAUCGCAAUGCCUAUGUGCUAGUGGCCAUCAAUGGCUACAGUUUCUGCACAGCCAUUCGCAAGACCUUCUCUCUUGUAAUGCGAAAUGUGGUGCGAUUCGCCGUCAUAGAUAAGACAACAGACUUCCUGCUGUUCCUGGGGAAGCUAACUGUGGUGGGGAUAGUUGGAAUUCUGUCUUUCUUUGUUUUUGACAAGAGGAUAUCUUUUAUGGAGGAUUACAUACCAGAAACCAACUACUACUUGACACCUGUUUUCACCAUUGUCAUUGGGACAUUCUUCAUUGCUUCCUGCUUCUUCUCUGUUUAUGAAAUGGCCAUUGAUACCCUCUUCAUCUGCUUUUUGGAAGACUGUGAAAAGAAUGAUGGUAGUGAAGAAAAGCCAUAUGCCAUGCCCAAGAAUUUGAUGAAGCUUCUUGGAAAGAAGAACAAAGCUCCAGUUCAGAUGUCCUCGAAAGCUCUUUGAAUCAUUGCUUCCCAAGGUGUGAUCAAGAAAUGGUUACCGUCCAGACUGAUUUUGCAGUCACUUAAUAGUUGAGUGCUUCCUGGGAACAUUAUUCCUUUUGUGUCUUUCAACUAUCCUGCAUGAUGAACUGCUCAUGAAAGGGGUGAUUUGAUGAUGCCCUGGGUACUCCAUAUUGUUUUGUAUGACACAUCAUCUCCAGCAUUUCUUACAUGCAUUAGUUGAUAGAUAGAGUUUCAUGAAAUGUGAUAGUUGCAAAAGGAAAGCAAUGGUAUUUGCAGUUUUAUUCAGGAUUAUGCCAUAAUAGUUAUAGUUGCUUUACACCAGGAAUGUUAAAAAAAAAACAACACCAGGGGGGCUACCAUGCUAUUUAAAACUCCAUGAUGAAAGGGUUAAUCAUUGCUUUAGUAUAGUGCUGCUGUUACAUUCUCAGCCACACAUUAUAAUACCAUACAGAAUCCUCUGCUCUUCCAUAAAUUCUUCCUACUGUCAUUGAAUGGUCUUUCCCUUUGGAUUUGAGGACCACCAACACUAAGCAUGUGAUAGUUGUCAUUCCACUUGAAGGCACGUACCAAUUUCUUCAAAAGCCCUCAGUGCUGGGAGUUCCCUAACUUUUAAGCAAUGUCAUAACACAAGUUUAUAUUUCAUCCAUACAUAAUAAUGCAGUCACCAGUAUGUUCUUUAGACAUGUGGAUACUGCUACUAAGUAUAUUCACUCCACUUGAAACUGUAAUGAAAUAGGACUACCAUUACAUGCAUUACUUGGAAAAAGUGUUGCAGUUUAUAUACAGCAUUUCCCCCUUUUUUUAUGUGCCAGAGCUGGGUAGGAGUCAUGAAUUCUAGACUUCUCACAGUAAAAAGAAAAGCAAGUUUUGCAGAUAUACUCAGAGGGUUUUAUUGCUGCUUGUUAAAUGAGAUUGACAAGCACCUUGCUUUAGUUUCAUAAUGAUGUGAUUUUCCUGAUGACCUGUGCCAAAACAGUCAUAUCUGAGGCAUUUCUUUUGUGAUGUUCUACAAUGGUGGGAUCACAGGAUUUUUCCCCAUUCCAGUCCAAAAUUUGACUAGUUUUUUAUUUUAUGAAUGUUUGUAAAUAUAUGCCAUAUAUAUUGUAUCAUCAUCUGAUAUUCACAGCUUCCAUAAAUCUUAUGCUUGAUGCAGUUUAUAAUAAAUAAAUGCCACCCAUGAAAAUCUUCAUUAAGACCCUGAAUUUGACCAUAAGAUGAAGCCUCAAGAGGUGAAAUCUUUGAAAUCUAAUUUAAUCUAAUCAGUGCUUCCUGAAUGAGCACAUUGCAGAUGUAAAAUCCACAUAAUGGCUCAAGGCCGGUAAUUAGUAAGCUUCCUAUCUUUGAAAUGGAAAUGAAGCUCCUUUUGU